UAUAUCACUCAUGCAUAUGCAGUGACUCGACGCCUCUUCAAAGUUCAAACACACGCUCUUUUAAUCUGCCACUAGUUCAAAUUAACUUAAUUUCGACCAAAUUAAAAUGCCACCAAUCCACCGCCAGCUAGUUGACCGUGUAGCCAUUGGUCGCUACCAAGAUGAGCUCACACACCCAGGUGCCAUCAAGACAUUUGUGGCAGAGUUCAUAAGUGCGCUUAUAUUUGUGUUUGCAGGACAAGGUUCAGGAAUGGCUUAUGGGAAGCUGACUGAUGGUGGGCCACCUACACCUUCUGGGCUAGUUGCGGCUGCACUUUCUCAUGCUUUGGGCUUGUUUGUGGCGGUAUCCAUUAGUGCCAAUAUAUCUGGUGGACAUGUGAACCCGGCUGUUACUUUUGGGGCCUUUGUUGGUGGUAACAUUACUUUGCUCCGUGCCAUCGGUUACAUCAUUGCCCAGCUUCUUGGUUCCGUUGUUGCUUGCUUGCUUCUCUUUUUCUCAACUGGCGGUUUGACGACAAGCGGAUUCGCAUUGAGCGAGGGUGUAUCCGUAUGGAACGCCCUUGUGUUCGAGAUCGUCAUGACUUUUGGGCUAGUCUACACCGUCUACGCCACUGCCAUCGACCCUAAAAAGGGUGAUAUCGGCAUCAUUGCACCCUUGGCAAUCGGUUUAAUUGUGGGUGCCAACAUUCUAGCUGGUGGUGCAUUUACUGGUGCCUCCAUGAACCCCGCUGUAGCCUUUGGGCCUGCUGUGGUUAGUUUGGACUUUGGAUGCCACUGGAUUUACUGGGCUGGGCCCCUUAUUGGUGGUGGGAUCGCUGGAGCUCUGUAUGAGCUCGUCUUCAUUACCCGCACCGGACAUGAGCCAUUGCCAGGGUCCGAUUUCUAAGAUAUGUGAAAAAGAGGCAUUUGUGCCUUUGUUAAUUAUAUGAGUAUUUGUCUUCUUCCUAUGAGUUGAUGUUGCAUGUUUGCCUUGUAAUUGCAUUUUCUUAUUGUAUUAAAUUAAAUUUGAAUUGUUUUAUUGUGGAAAUAUGACCUUAUUGAAUA